AGUCGCGUCACACUACAAGGAUGGCCGCCAGAAAAUCACUUGUUUCCUGCACCACCAGAUGGUGGAGGUUGUUGAUCAAGGUGGCCCGGGUGGCGUUGUUGGUCGUGGCAUUCACCCUCCACGCCCACACUCCUGUAGCUGCUGCUGUACACCCCUUCCCAGCUCACAGCUUGGGUGGUUGGACGGCAGAAGAGACCGAGGGUAGCGUCAUGGCCCAGAUAACGAGGCAGUACCUGGGUGGGUGUCACCUGACGAUGGUAACAUCAAAUCAUCACAACACCGCCUUCAAUAACGACUUCAGGGAGGUGUGGCUAGGGGGGCAGACGAGUGUGUUGGUGACUUGGGGACACGACCAUUCACCCAGGAACGCUGAUCUCUUCCACUAUCUGACGCAAGGGGACCACACCCUCACCUGUCGGGCCGUCAUUCUCUAUCUCUCCUCCGUCCUGUCCUUCAAUCCCUUUGUUAAUGACGUUAACGACUCUGUCGGUGCCUUCACCUCCUCCAACACCCCCAGCAGUCCCUCCGUCAACGUGUCCGCCGCUGAUGUUAUGACGUUCCUGGAGGAGACGGAGGUGGUGCCCGAGACGCUUGUGGUGGUGGUGGGACCCAGGUCGCGGGCUCACGCCCUGGCACAUCCGAAGCUCCACGACACACUGCACGCCUUUUACCUCACCACCCACGACCCCUCCACGCCUCCUGACACCUCCUGUUCACCAGGAGAGUGUGAGGGAGAGGUGGAGGUAUACAGGAGGUGUUUGUACUGUCGGGGCGGCCAGCCAGGGGUCACCCUCUUAGAUCGCUGGCACCCACUGGCCGGGUUCGUCAACAACAGGUCCCUCAUCCCUGACCAGUUCGAGGACAUGGAAGGACACGUAGUAAGGAUUGUGGCCAAGGCCUUGUUCCCCUUCGUGUCUUAUGUGGAGGACACCGACGCCCCUGGCACCACCGUCACCCCCAAUGACUCCCUCGACAUCCGCAUCCUUGACACAGCAGCCUCCAUCCUCAACUUCAAGUACGUGAUCCGUGCACCGGUGGACGGGGUGUGGGGAGCACGGACGAGGAACAACACGUGGACGGGGAUGGUGGGGGAGCUGUGGCGGGGUGAGGCGGACUUCUCCCUCCGUCUAUUCUGGUCGGCGGCGAGAAAGGAGGCCAUAGACUUCACCCGCGCCUACAUCUUCGAGCCCUUUGUCAUGAUCACCCGCAAGCCUGGGCCCCUCCCCCAGCACCUGGCCCCCAUCAAGCCCUUCACAGGCGAUAUCUGGAUAGCCCUGGUUGUGACCACGACGCUAGCUGGUGCCAUACUGUGGGGGGCGCAGAGGGCGUGGUCACGGUUCUCUGGGGGACGCGGCUUGGAUGCAGUCUCUGCCUUCCUAUACACCUUGGGCAUGCUAUUGGCGGAGCCCACCGACGCCCUGCCCACUAACAUCACUGCCCAGAUGCUGGUGGGGUCGUGGUGGGUGUUCUGCGUGGUGGUGGUGGCCAUGUACCGCGGGUCCCUCAUCGCCCACCUCACCGCGCCCGUCAACCCGUCGCCCAUCGACACCCUGGACCAGCUGCUGGAGGUUGAGGGCGCCACCUGGGGCCUGGAGGGUGGGCACGGGGUCGGCUGGGACUGGUUCAAGUACAACACCAACCCGAAGGUGCAGCACAUGUUCACCACCAUGCAGGUGACGCCGCGGGAGGAGCAGCUGGCGCGGGUGUUGGGUGGUCAGCACGCCUUCUUCACUUGGAAGUACUACAUCAAGAUGGUGGUCGCCCUCCACCACACUGACAUCUACGGCCACACACCCCUCCACAUCAGCAAGCAGGAGUUUAUCUCAGGCCAGAGUGGCUGGGGCGUCAGGAAAAACGCGCCCUUCCUCAAGCCUCUGGACAGGAUCAUCGGACGCCUGGUGGAGACGGGCCUCAUCGAUCACUGGUUGGAGGAGCUCUUCGAGGCUUCCCUGGCCAGGAUACGAAGGGCCCGACGGACUAAAGGAGGCGGCGACGAAGACCUGCACCCUCUGGGCGAGAGGGAAGAGAUGGUGUUAAACCUGGAGCACAUGCAGGGGGCCUUUUACCUCCUGAUACUGGGACACUGCCUCGCCACCCUCGCCUUCCUCACUGAAUGGUACACGUUGACGCUGUCCACCUGCCACCCACAACACUAGGAACUACUACUCUCACAUUUUCAGCAGUACUUGAGGAGUCUGCUGUCAUCCGGGAUCAGCCAUGGUUCUCUAUUAUAGCCCGGAUCAGUCAAGGUUCUCUAUUAUAGCCCGGAUCAGUCAAGGUUCUCUCUUAUAACCAGGAUCAGCCAUGGUUCUCUCUUAUAGCCCGGAUCAGUCAAGGUUCUCUCUUAUAGCCCGGAUCAGUCAAGGUUCUCUAUUAUAGCCCGGAUCAGUCAAGGUUCUCUCUUAUAACCAGGAUCAGCCAUGGUUCUCUCUUAUAGCCAGGAUCAGCCAUGGUUCUCUAUUAUAGCCCGGAUCAGUCAAGGUUCUCUAUUAUAGCCCGGAUCAGUCAAGGUUCUCUCUUAUAACCAGGAUCAGCCAUGGUUCUCUCUUAUAGCCAGGAUCAGCCAUGGUUCUCUAUUAUAGCCCGGAUCAGUCAAGGUUCUCUAUUAUAGCCCGGAUCAGUCAAGGUUCUCUCUUAUAACCAGGAUCAGCCAUGGUUCUCUCUUAUAGCCAGGAUCAGCCAUGGUUCUCUAUUAUAGCCCGGAUCAGUCAAGGUUCUCUAUUAUAGCCCGGAUCAGUCAAGGUUCUCUCUUAUAACCAGGAUCAGCCAUGGUUCUCUCUUAUAGCCCGGAUCAGUCAAGGUUCUCUCUUAUAGCCAGGAUCAGCCAUGGUUCUCUCUUAUAGCCCGGAUCAGCCAUGGUUCUCGCACCCACAUGCAGGUCGACACGCCUUCACGUUCUCCACAGCUGGUAACGAUACCGAGUGUACCCUGUGUCAUAUGAUGAACCUCUAAAUGUAUGCUGCAGUAUGUGUCACAUGUUGCACCAACAAUGUGUCCUACCGUAUGUGCCACCUGUUGAACCACUAAAUGUGUUCGUGUAGCAAGACAAUAAAGGAAAGCAAACUUG